UUUUUGCUAUAUAAACGCUUCAAAUGUUACAUUCAACAUCUUCAGUCCAGCAUCGAACGGUAAACGAUGACUUCCAAACUCACGGUAGCUUUCCUGCUCGUCGCCAGUUUGGCACUCGUCUACUCCAGAGCCGCCCACAAGAUCGUCGGUGGCGAUGAAGCCGAACCGCACGAAUUUCCCUACCAGAUCUCGCUGCAGUGGAACUUCAACGAUGGACAAACGGCCGUUUUCCAUUUUUGCGGAGGAUCGCUGCUGAACGAAAACUUCGUCCUGACGGCUGCCCACUGCAAGACUGCCUAUGACAAUAACGGAUUCAUCGAAGUGGUUGCCGCUGAACAUGAUGUGGAAACCGAGGAAGGACCAGAGCAACGCCGAAGGGUGGAGAGAUUCAUCGUCCACGAGGGAUACGACGUCAUCCAGGGGGUCAGUCCCGAUGACAUUGCCGUCAUUCGGGUGGACAAGCCUUUUGAGUUGAACGACAAGGUUAAGGCCAUUCAGUUGCCCAAUCAGUUUGAACAGUUCGAAGGCGAUGUUACCCUGAGCGGAUGGGGAUCCAUCUCGACGACUGUCAACCCGGACUAUCCGGAUAAAUUGAGGAAAGUCGUGCUUCCUCUGCUAGACUACGAUCAAUGUCAAAACCUGUGGGAUUAUAAUAGUGCCCUGGCGACAAGCAAUGUCUGUGCUGGCCCGAUCGAUGGUUCUAAGUCGGCCUGCUCGGCCGAUUCCGGAGGUCCACUGGUGAAGCAGUCCGGUGACGAAGUGAUCCAGGUCGGUGUUGUAUCAUGGGGAGCUUUUCCAUGCGGAUCGCCACGUCGUCCGACCGUGUUCGCCGGAGUUUCCCAUUACGUCGAUUGGAUCGAGAAGCAGCUCCGUGUGUAAGUAAAGGUAUUUGAUAUUGAUCCAAAUAAACAAUGAUAUGGUGAAAGCAAA